AUGUCAGGUGGUGUUUGUGAUGUGCUGUUAUUAUCAGAUGAAAUGAAAGAUUUUGAAUUUGAUGUGGAUGAAGCUGAAAUUGCCAAAACAAAUGAUGAUGACAGUGACAUUAGGGACCUAGCCCACAAGCUAUUCAGUUUCUUCUUUCCCACGAUUUAUGAAAAGUACAAAAAAGUUGAAAGAACCUUAGCAAUCAUCAGACCACAACUUCUUGAAUUACAAAAAGUUGAGAUUUUGGAGGAGAUCGCAAAUGCUAGAUUUACUGUUGGACGGCAAAAAGAAAUUACUCUCAAUGAGCGGCAAGUGACAGCAUUUUACAGCUUGAGUGAGAAAAAUGACUUGCCUCCUGAAUUUGUUGAAUAUAUGAUAAGCGGUCCAAUAUUGGUAUUAGCAUUGUUUAGAGACAAUGCAAUAAAACACUGGCGAAACUUAUUGGGACCUGAUGAUGUUGAACAAGCAAAGCAGGAUUACCCGUCAAGCCUGAUAGCAAGGUUCGCAUACAAAGAUAAUCCAUUUAACCAACUACAUGGGAGUCAGGACAUUGAAACGGCAGUGAAGGAGUUACAGUUUUUCUUUCCCGUUGAGCAUACAUUGGUGGCAAUUAAACCUGAUACUGUACGACACAACAAAGAUAUUAUUAUAGCCAAGAUCCAUGAAGGAAGCUUUAUAAUCUCUGCAAUUAAAUCUGUUGUGAUGUCCCAAGAGAUAGCAGCAGAGUUCUACAAGGAUUAUGAAGAAGAGCCAUUCUUCAACCAAUUGAUUGAAAAUGUGUCUCAGAGUCCAUUAAUGGCUAUAAUUCUUACCAAGGAGAAUGCCGUUAAGGAAUGGAAGGAACUGAUGGGACCUGCAGAUCUUGAGCUGGCAAAAACAUCUUUUCCAAAUUCCCUUCGGGCUGAGCUUGACUCCAGUAUAUUAAAAAAUGGGCUUCACAGCACCUCCAGUGCAAAACAUGCUAAGGACUACAUUAAGAAAUUCUUUGGAGAUGCACUCCUAGAUUCAUUUGGUGUUGUCCUAGAUGAGGGACUAACUAUUUCCAGUACAGCUUUACUAUCAGAUUCCCCUUCAAGUACGCCUAGUACUACUGCUAUUGAACCUUCUGAAUUUGUGGACACAGAAGCUCCCACUGAUGAGCAAGAGGUAAACAUAUCUGAUAGUAAGACUGCAUCGGAGACCCAAGAUACAUCUGUUCCUGAUGAAUUUGCCGAUUCUAACACCAUAAAUGCAUCUGCAACAAUUGAAGAUCUUGAUUCUGGUACAAGAGAUGUUAAUGUUCUUGGUGAAGACUCAGUUAUCAGCACCAGUGACAUACCUGCUCCUGUUGAAAUAUCUGAUAUUGGCAUAGAAAAUGUAGCAUCUCCUGCUCAAGUCCCUGAUACUGGCACAGCAGAUGGAGCCACUCUUGCUGAAGUUCCUGAAACCAGUACCCAAGAAUUAAUAGUUCCUGAAGAAGUCCCAAAUUUGCACAUCCCAGAUGUAUCCACAUUUGUUGAAGACCCUGAUUCUACUACUUAUGAUGUGUCUGUCUCUAGUGAAGCCCCUAAUGCCAGUAACAGUCCUGGUGAUAUUCCUGAUUCCACCACUGAAGAUAUAUCUAUUCCUAAUGACAGCACAAAAGAUGUAUCCAUUCCUGGUGAAGCCUCUGACUCAACUGUUCAAAACAUACCUCCACCUAGUGAAGAUCCUAAAGCUGAUACCCAAAAUGUAUUUGCUCCUGGCGAAGUCCCUGAUUCCACCGUUGAAAGUGUUUCUGCUCAAGAUACUGUAAGUGGAGAUAAGUCCAUUCCAAUUGAAGCUUCUGAUGCUAAUGAGGGAGGUACAUCUGCUCCUAUGAAUUCCCUUGAUGCAGACAAUGAAGAUGUAUCUGCUGCUAUUGAAUCUGCUGAUGCCAGCAAUGAAGGUUUUCCUGCUCCUACUGAAGUAUCUGUUGUUGAUGAUAAUGAAGCUACAUCUGGUCCCAUUAAUGUUUUAACUUAA